ACACCAGCCGGUAUUGUGGAAACGUUUCCCAGCUCAUUUCCUUUACAACCCCCCUCAGAUUUUCUUUAUUGAGCUUUGAGUUCAGUUUCCAAACCACACGUGGAUACGCUGUGAACGGUUGCAGUCAUGCGGGUGCUUUUGCUGUUUGCGGUGACGCUGCUGACUCUGAGCCCGGCGACGGCGAGCGGAGCCGAGAAGAAGAAGAAGCUGCAGAUCGGCAUUAAGAAGCGAGUGGACAACUGUCCGAUUAAGUCCCGUAAAGGAGACGUGCUCAACAUGCACUACACGGGCAAGCUGGAGGACGGCACGGAGUUUGACAGCAGCAUCCCCCGCGACAGGCCCUUCACCUUCACCCUGGGCACCGGGCAGGUGAUCAAAGGCUGGGACCAGGGCCUGCUGGGCAUGUGCGAGGGCGAGAAGAGGAAGCUGGUCAUCCCCUCCGAGCUGGGCUACGGAGACCGGGGAGCUCCGCCGAAGAUUCCCGGAGGAGCAACGCUUAUCUUCGAGGUGGAGCUGCUCAGCAUCGACAGGAGAUCCGACCUGUGAUGACGAAGAGCUGGAGAGGAAGGCUGUUUUCUACACGUUCCAGAAAGUGCUGCAACAUUAGUUGGAGAUAGACCUUUGAUGACAACAACAUGACAAAUGUGGGAGCUGAGUGGACACCAGGACACCCCCCUGCAGAGCCACUGUCCUCUCCUCAGUGGCUUUACAUAUUACGCUCUGAAUAAUUGGAAUGAAGAUGUUGUAUGACUCAAUAACUGACUGUAUCCUUGGUUAACAUGAUUGGGAUUGACAGCAGCUGAGCCCAGUAUUCGACCAUAACACCAUGCUCUUUUGUUUCAUCUCAUGUUUUCUGUGAUUUAUAAAUGACUUCAUGUCGUAGCCAUGUCUUCCUUUUACAAUAUACUUUAGGUUGUUGAUUAAAUCAAACUGUCAGGCAGUGUUUGUAUUCUGUUAAUAAAAAAUGACCUUAUGGGAA